AUGGUUUCCCCCGGGGACAUCGCAGCUUGUAGUACUGAGCAGGAAUGGGUGCAAGAGCUGACGGCGGCUCUUCAGUCUGGCGCGUUGAAGAUCCCCGCUCUGACUGCGGAAGUAACGGAGGCAGCGGGCGGGAGACAAAUCACUCCGCGGGGACUCGACGACCUCAUUGAAGCUGCUGCUGCGGUCCGUGCGGGCCUUCCUCUGCCUUCCCAUUUGAUUCCCCCUGCAGAAGAUGAAGGUGGCGAGGAGUCUCCGGUGGACCAGAACCUACAGCAGACGAAAGGCAGUAGAAAGGCUGAAGACUCCAGGUCUUCAAACGAGGGAAAACGGAGCGUCGCGGCGUAUGCAGACGAGGCGCGCCGGCUGCAAGCGAAUCUGGAUGGCGUCGACGAAGAGAGGAAGGAGUUCUUUCUGAACGCGUAUCGGAAGGAACUGCGUCAUAGGGGCGUGGACGAUCGUGACUGCCAGACUCCCCAAGACCUGUGCAAUCGCCUCGCCUUCGCGCGUGUCUUCAACAGUUCAAAGAACGGCAGAGGCGCCACAAAACCGGGGAGAGAGCCCUCGGGGACAAAAACUGUACGGGCGGAGGUGACAGAUGGGGGGCGUUCCAGACGCUCACGCCGGUCGCGGAGUCGCCUCAUAGCUCGUCUUUCCGGUGAUGACGAAGCGGAUGACAAUGACGAGGAUGACAGCUCCUCAGGAAUCGUUCAGAUCUCUCCGGGAGUCUUUAUGGCGCGAAGUGGUUCUCUGGGCGGGGGAACGGGCAGUCCGUUCGACCGAUUGUUUGCCGACGUUUUUGGAGGUUCCUUUUUCGGCGGACGGCCAGACGGACAGGACGAUGAGUCGAGUGAAGAGGAAGGGGGUUCCCCGCUCCAAAGGGCGCGAGGAGGCAGUCUCUUGGAUCACCUCUUCGGUGGAGACUUAUUCUCGAGCUUACUGGGGGGAGGCCUCAUCGGUGGAGGCCUUCGUGAAGAUGACGACGAUGAAGGCAGCGCGAAAGCGAGAGUGAAGAAGCUGGAUUUUAAGACUCCAGAAAGUGCGGAGGCACGCCUCCAAUCCGGCGUCGCGGAUGGAUCACAAGAAGACGCUACGUCCUCAGAAGAGACAGACACCCGACUGCUCCAGUUGCUCAAUAAGGCGCACGCACGGGGUGACCCCUCUCUUGCGCUGUUCAUUAAGAAGUCCUUCCAGGACCCGUCUCUACGAGAGAUGCUGCUGACUGCCCAAACGGAAGGCGUGGAGGCGGCCGAGGCGAAGGCAGAUGGCCGAGGAAAAUAUGUUCUCCAGAGACUGAAAGAUAACCAGUUGUUCGGCUAA